UUUAUACCGGACAUACAGAAAUUCGAAUUACUUAAAACAUUGGUUCGUAUAGUGAUUGAAUGUCUAUUUUUAUGUCUGUUUAUCACUAGCUGUCUAUCGGUCUAACAAGUCUUUACUUAACAUCAAUGUCUGUCUGUACAAAUAACCAGAUGUACAAAACACACUUGGUGCAUAAUGUGACUGUCCUACUAAAUGUGCAUAAAAAGUAAGUAUGAUAACAGAUGGUGAACAAGAGGGGAGGAUGUUAUUCAGAGAAAGCAGUAAACCUAACAAUCGAUGGACAGACAGAAAUGUUAUUCCCAAAAACACGUAUAUUCUUAUAAAUUAAUAUUAAUCACUACACCUAAAACGUAGUUUUCUAAAGCAGCAACAACAACAAAUAUUGCAGAAGCAAAAAUCGUGGAAGACCUUUGCUUUUAGCAAUCUUUCGUGGAUUAUUUCAUAGAACUUUCGAAUAUCUUGUUUCAUAAUCAGUAAUACUCUUAUAAUAACAAAAAAAUUAUAAUAAGUAGUGUCUUUAUCGGAAUUCGUGAAACCAGAACAUUUCGUCUUCUUUGAAGAUUUACUUAACAAUUGGUAAACACUUAGAAGAAAAAAAUAUUUCGUAGAAAGCAAUUAGUAAUAUUGUUAUUGCUUUCCUAUGAAUAUACUAUUCCCUUAUUCUAUACCAAUCCCAUUGCUUUCAAAUUUUUACGAUCAUAUCAUGUCACAACAGAAUGUUAACAAUGAAUCAUCACCAUAUUCUUCUACACCCUCUGCAUCAUCACCAUCAUCAUCGGCAAUGCUAGCGGCCAAUUCAACAACUUUACCACGUUCAUAUAACUUAGCUAUGGAGAUUUUACAUACAUUAGCUGCACGACAAUACAAUCAACAUUUGUUAACAUAUGAUCAAAAAAAUUCAAUAAACAGUGAAAUUUCACAAAAAUUACCAUUUGAAUCGUUACCAAUAAACUUACAAAAUUUAUCACUUUAUUUAUUAAAUAUGACUAAUUCUUCAUUGAACUCCAUUCAAAUGAAUAAUAACAAUAGUAGUAACGAUUUUUCAAAUCAUAUUCAAUCUACAUUGAAUAAUGAUUGGAAUAAAUGUAAUGAAACAUCACCUACUACAUGUCGUCAAUCUAGAACAACUAUGAAUACAGUCGAUGAUGCAUUAUACAUAUCAAAAGAUAAUAAUAAUCUUUUAAAAUCUUACGAAAGAUUAGCUGCAUGGUCUUCUACACUUUCUAAUGCAUCACCAUGUGAUAUUGCAGCAUUUCAGAAUGCUUUAGCUCAAUUAACACUAAUGGGUUUAUCAUCUUCGUCAACGGUGACAACAACAUCAACAACAGUAACUAGUACAAAUACUGUAGACUCAUCAAAUUUAUUAGUAGAUAAAAUAUCACAUUUAAAUGAAUCUGUAAAUUCAGUGUUAAAUUUAUCUAAUGAUGAAGUGAAUAAUCAUUAUUGUAAAAAUCAUAACUGUGAUAUACCAUUAUCCACAUUGAAUUCAACUGUAAUAAAUCAAGCAACUAUGUAUAAAAAAUCGGAAGACGGUUCAAAAAUAAUUAUUCGUCAAACUGCUGAUGCAGACGAACACUUUUUCAAAGCAUUACGAGGACUAAAAGUUGAUGUUUCCCAGACUAACCUUAAAUCACCUAAUCUACAAAAACAAUCAAGUGCUUCUGAAAAAUGCAAUAAUACACCAUCUGUUUCUUUAUCCACUCCAACUUCAAUUCAGUCAUUCGAUUUUGGAGAAGAAAAAAUUCAACAGUGGUCUCUGAAUGUAGGAGAAAAACAUGAAGGAGAUAAAAAACGUUCAGCUGCAGAAUUAGCUGUAGAUGAGCAUUUCGAAAAGUCUCUAGCAGCAUUUCGUGCUUCUGCUUCAAAAAAACAGAAUGAUCGUAUUAUCUGUGAAGACCAUUUAAAAUCACAAGCAUCCAUAACACAUUCCGCAAAUCAGAACUUGAUAAACAGCUUGACAUUGAAGGAUUCUGAUUCGUAUUUACAUCAUAAUAAAUCUAAUAUCCAUUAUAAUAAGUUUCAACAUAAAUCUUUACAAACAGAACCCAGAGGUGAGCAUUAUAAUGUAAAUUCAAUACUUCAAUGUAAUAAACUUAAACCUACAUCAAAUCCUAAUUUGGCAGUAACGUGUGAAAAUACUAUUUUUUUGCCGUCGAGCAUUUCAAGACAAUUGACCAGCACUGAUGAGUUACAUGAUGAUAUUGAAAGUGAUGGUUCAAUUCAAGUUCAUAGUCCAAAUAUUACUAACACCACUGCCCUUAAUCGAUUCAAAAUAAAAUUCGCUUCAUCUUCUACAUCAUUACCACCAUUAUUUCCUAUUAACUCAUUUAAACCUAAAAAGAAUUGGCUAGCUCAAUAUGACUGGAGAUAUCAGCAACCAGAGACAACAACCAUUAGUCCAACUACACCAAAUACUAACCAAUCAAUUUUCGAUUCAUCUGGAUCAUCCCCAUCAUCGAUCAAUAUUGCUAGUGAAAGUAUGGAAGAUGUCCGACAUAUUUCGAAUGUAUCUAUGCCAAAACUACACAUAGUAUCUGAAUUACGUAACACAAACACUCCUGAUCAUGGUAAUCAUGGAUUGUCUACAGAAGAAGCUCCAGAUUUAAGAAAUGACUCCGAUUGUAUCUUUUUAUAUUCUUCAUACUCGUCACCUUCUUCACGUUCCUCUUCUUGUUCUGGUAAUAAUCCUCCUGAAUGUUGUACUACAAAUAGCACUGAAAGUGAACCCCAACAAUCUGGUAGUACACUGACCAAAUCUAGACUUUCAUUUCCUAAAUUCGGUACAAUUUCGUUAGUGGAGAAAGAUGAUUAUUAUGAGAAUGAAUCGAAGGAAAAAUCAAACAAUGAAAAAUAUUUUGUCGACAAUAGCUUCGAAAAAAAAGGUAAAAAUGAAGGUGUUGAGAACAAAACGUAUAGUAAAUCAGUAGAUAAUAGUGGUGCCGUAUCAACAACAAUAAAUAGUAAUAAUCAUCAUGAUAAUAAUUCCCUCGAACCUAAUCUUGAUUUCAAUCGACGAUUAUCCAGUUCCAUUUCAGCAUCUCCAACAAUGAAUGUUGAAAUUGAAGAACCAAUUGAUGAGAAGCACUCGACAUGUAUUUUUUCCAAUAAUGGAUCUAAUUACAGUCUAGAUUCAACAAAUUCUUCAGUUAUCAUGAAUAAGAAUGAAAUAAGUUCAUUAGACAUUGAAAACAGUCACAUUCAGAAUAAUAAUAAUAAUACUAAUAACAAACCAAAAGACGAAGUUGGUAAAAAGUGUACAAUUGCUCAGAAAUCACAACAACAUCAUAUUCAAAAUUUCAAUAAUCAAUAUCAUCAUCAACAACAACACAUAACCAACGGUACGAAUGAUGCUGAAGAUACUUUACAUAAUUUAUGGAGUUUACGUAAACGUGUCUCAUCUGAUGUUAGUCCUUGGUCUACGUUGAAACGAUCUAGAUCCGUAUUGACUUCAACAAGUUUAAGUAAUGAUAAAGUUUCAACGAAUACUGUUUCAUCAAACGAAUUUUGUUCUGAAGAGGUUUAUCAACUAGAUGAUGAUGACUGUGGAAUGUAUAAUACAAACGAUAGAGGUUUUGUUCAUAGUAAAUCUAUGGACAGUAAAUUAAAUCCAUUUGACAACAUUGAUUCAAAUUUAAAAUUUUCAAAAUGUCAUCUAUCUACUUGCAAAUCAAUAAAUAACAAUGAAUUAUUAACUGAACAGAAAAAAACUUGUAGUGAACCAAAUGUACCCGUUAGUAGAUCAAAUAUUAAAGAUAAGAAAUCACUAGCUGGUGCAUUAUCAUAUCCAUCAUUCCAUCAACUUGAAAGCUGUCAUCAAAAUUUUUAAGAAUAUCAAAUUAUUCUUUAUACAAUUGUGUGACGAAUCAAGCAUAUAUAUAUGUAUUGAAGAUCUCGGAUGAUCAGUACUUAAAGAUAGAGCAUCUUUAUUAACCGGUGGGCCUCCAAACAUAAAAUAUACUUCAAUUAACAUGUAACAUUUGUUUUUUUGACUUAAUUUACUCUUUUGUUUAAAUAUAAGCUGUUUAUUAUCGAUUUCAGGUCAGUGUUCACUUCUAAUACUUUUAUUUGUUUUAAUAUAUAUAUUUAAAUCUCCCAUAAGAUUUAUAAAUUAUACAUAAAUUAAUCUUUCUCUCUUCAUAUUCAUCUUUUCCUGGUUAGAAAACAGUAUAUUUAAAUAACAUACAUAUUACAGAAAAUAUUUUAGGUGAAUCAGUACUUUAUAUACAUAUACGUAUAAAGACCGGCAUUCAAGUCAUUUUGUUUAUCAAGACUAAUUAUUUCUCAGUUUAUUUAAAUAAUUCUAUGAUUAAUUUCAAAACAUGUAACAUUGAACAUUGAUUGUUACAUAUAACUUCUUAUUUAAGAAAUUAAUUAAAAAUGUAACGUAAUCAAUAAAAAAUUUAUGUUAAAUACCAGAAAUAAAAUAUUUAACAAAAUGAAUAUAUCAACUUCUUUCACUUUUUCUUUUACUUUAUAAUAGUGCCUUCAUUGACUGUUGAUAUCUACAAUAGAAACUUACAUAUUAUAUUAUCAAGUCAGUUUCAUAAUGUAGCUUUAAAUAACUCCCCAAAAUCAAUAGCUCAUUAAGUGUUCGACAUUGGAUGCUGACCACAUUGUUUUAAGUGGACUUGUUUAACUGAAGGCUUUCGGUCAUGCAUCCGUACCAGAUCACGUUACGAAUCAGAGUGGAACACAGCUCCUACGUUCACUAGAGCGAACGCUUCUCGAUAUAUUGAUAACAUAUUAAAUAUAUCUUUCCGAUCUCCUCG